AUGCCUCAACAAAACCCGAAUGAAUCGGCCGAAGAAACUACGGGUAUGUGCCUGAAAUUAUUUGCUGCCAUAGGGACGGAUGUCUCGAUCAACGAUGUGGACAUUGCCCAUCGUGUUCUUGUGAGAAUGCAAUCUAACCGGUCGAAAGCAAUUAUCUGUAAAUUUGUUCGCCGUUUGGCGGAAGAAAACGUAAUUGCAGCCAGAAAACAAACUAGUAAUGUUCAGCCUGAGCAACUUUAUCUACCAUCGGCCACGAAAUUAGACAGCCUUCAGAUCUACCAACAUUUAACCUCACGCCUGCAAGAGCUGCUGUUUGAAGCCAACAAGUAUAAGCGGGCAAAUAAUUUUAAGUUCUGCUGGGUCAAGAAUAAAAUCGUUUGCCUACGAAAUCGUUUGCCUUACUAUGUUAAAUUUGGAUAAUAAGUUUGUGUGUUUUCUUUGUUGUUUUGUAACAUUAAUUAAUGGCUAAUAUUGUCUCAUCUUUGGAGGCUUUUCCUCUACCAUUUAACCAUCUAGACGUGUAGCUUUUAAUGCGGCCAUGUACGAAUUAUCUCAUGGCCCAUUGCACUUUGAUUUAGAUCGCUUAGAAUGUCUAUAGUAUUUAAUCCUAUUGAACAUUCAGCUUUAGCCAUGGACUGCCUUACAAUGUCAAAUGUUGACCCAGAUUUAAAUGUUCAAGCUCUGUUUCCACCGACUAGUAG